AUGCACGAGCGUGGAUGGGUUCGCAAUGAUUGCUUGUUUGCCGCCUUCUUCCCCACCGUUUGUCACUUCCCUGGGUCUUUCCUGGCUUCCCUCAGUUUCGUCCCUCGCUCCGCUGUCAAGUUGGAGGAGUAUCGAGGGCAGUAUCGCCCGGCGGCAGCUGGGGAUUGGCAGUGUCUGGAAGAAGCUCUCCUCCCCGCAAUUUUCACCCUGGAAUUGUACCUCAGGAACAUCCCGGACUGCGCCGAAUCCACGCUUGCCAAACGCAUCCCUUCGCUCGCUGAACCAAAUUCGUUCAAUUACCAUCUUUUUGUCGACGACGCGCGUGCGUGCGAUGCCGCUUGGUGUGCAAGGUUGUCGCUUUUACAACACGCUACGAAGCUGGCAUAUCUAGCGGUGUUGGUCAAUAACCUCAACAAGUCUAAUGAGGCCUGGCGGGGUGUACUUAUGAGUGGUGGCACAUGUGCAGCCUUCAUCGAUCGACUGAGCCAAUCGUGGAUCAUCGAGAAUCACUUCAAAUCAUCACGAGUGGGAUUUCUCAUGCGUCCCAAUUGGGAGUUACGCGAGCAUCUCGAUUUCUUCGUCAACUCUAACGUCCCCAUAUACAUCCACUGGGGUACGCCCGACAACGUCAUGUCGUUACCGUCUGGGAUGAACCCUGCUCUCCGUCCAACAGAGCAACAAGUAUGGGACGCAUUUGAUAUCGGCAACCAUCAGCUUUCUUGGCGCUCUACUCCCUCCAGUUGGCGCCCCGCACCCCCUGCCCGCAAUCUCAAGGGCACGCCUGCGUACGGGAGCGAUGGCUAUCUGACGUCGCCGUGGAUGGGGCACUGCAUGGAUGAACCCUCCAGAUGGGUUAGUCCCUCGGGAUGGCCCAUCGACAACACGGAUUGGCUUGCAUCUGCUCCGUCGCCGUCACAACCUGUUCAAUCCCAACCUGCGUCACCCUCAGUUCUGAUGGUCCCGUCCGCUACAGGAUUUGGCAUACAACCCGUCGUCGUCCCUCCCCAUAUUUCUGGGAACGUGAAGCCUCUAGACACGGCCGCCAAUUACGAAAAGAAGAACUACAAAGCUGGCCAGGUUGUUCCUCGCAUCCCACCCUGGCGCAAAGGAGAAAGUUUUAUUGCAUUCCAUACCCGUCGCCGUGAUUAUCACAAAUUUUACAUCGAACAUCUGGAAGUUGCAGCACUGAAACAGUCGCGGCUGAGCAGGGAGAGAUAUGCGAGCACAUUUCCUCAGCCGUCGCCACACGGCAGUGCUGUUUUCUAUGUUUGGGAGGAGGAUCCGGAAACGGGUGCGUUUGCGAGGAGAAGGGUCACGAAUGAGAGGCGUGAACAAUUAUGGGAAGAUUAUGCCCCUCGGAAAUGCAAAUAUGACUCCGUUUUGGAUGAACGGGAUCUCAGCGAACUGUUCGUUGACCCUUAUGUCGAGCGCUCUCGGCCUGGUCGUGACCCAUAUGCCGACUCCGACAAUGAAUACGAGGAUGCCGUCUCCCUUCCUGGCGAUGAUGAUGACUUCACAUCUGCUUUAUAUCGUGAUUGCGACUUCGACCCACCAUUGCCCCCAUAUCGAUCGUCACCGGAGCUUGUGCCUACCUUGCAGCUUUCCGCGGUGCCAGCUCUUCCAGGUCCGUCGCCGCCGUCAGCGUCCCCCUCGAUAACGUCGUCAACACAGUCUACAUUACCCUCCGCCACGUCAAUAUCUCUGUGGCUUUCCGUGACGUCGUCAGAUGUGCCUUCGUCCUCGACGUGGUCCAAUCUUUCGUCUGCCUCUGCAGCAUUAUCUUUGAUCGCUCCAGGCUCCUGGUCCACGGCUACAAUAUCAUUACCUUCAGACAUGGAUGUGGACGAACUUGACUCCCUUUCAGGCACACGCGACACGUCGUCGAGCGCAGUUUUGAUGGAUAUAGACAUGAAGGCCGCAUCGGAGCAUACCGUUGCCCCCGUCCCCGCCCCCGUCCCCGUGCCUGCCCCAACGCCUGCCCCCGCACCUACAAGCCGUCAGAUCGCUGCAUCAUCGACUGUGGUGUCGAUGCACGUAGACGCCAAGGCCGCAUCGGAGCACACCGUUGCCCCGACGCCCACUACCGUCCCCGUGCCUGCCCCGACGCCCGCUACCGUCCCCGUGCCUGCCCCGACGCCCGCCACCGUCCCCGCGCCUGCCUCGACGCCCGCCCCCACACUUACAAGUGAUCAGGUUGCUACGUCAUUGAAUGUGGUUUCGAUGAACGUGGAUGGAGUUGGUGCGGUCUCUGCGCCCGCCCCAAUCCCUGUUCCUCGUAUGCGUGCCAUCAACAGGUAUCCUAAUGACCUGGGGCUUCCGACUCAAUCACCUGUCGACCUUCUGAGAGAUCAUUUCCGUUUGGAAGUCAACCCCGGCCCCAUCGACAUCGACAUCGACUCUACGCUCGACGUCAAGGACCUCUCAGAGGUUUAUAAAGUCCUUGGAUAUUUCUUCCCUCUUGGGCAAGGCGAUCUUCAUUCUGUGGCAGGGCUGCCAUCGCAGACAGCGUCAGAAGCUGUUGGGUUCGUGCGGUCAAUCGUACAAGCGCAUCACAUCAAGGCCCCGUUGAAUGGUCCUAAGUACCCUCCGCCGAAGGCGUGGUUAUACCGCAGGGACUCAGUAGGAUGA